UUUGGUUUUUAUUUUUUUUCUUUUCUACUUUUUAUUUUUUCUACUCCACAACUCUCUCUCGAUUUCGCAGAGAGAUCGAAGUGGGGCGAUUUGCUUCGCAUCUCUCUCGAUUCUCUGCCACACUCGUUCUAUCCAAGAGGAAAAAAGGUAUCAAAUAGGCUAUUUGGGAAUAAGGUUUGCCAUAGCACAGCUUUUGUUACUCUCGAAUUUUCCUUGCUGUUUUGGUGGUUUUUAUUCUGCUUCUAUGGAUUGGGGAUCUUCUUAACUCUGGAACUAUCAUUGUCGUAAGGCUAACCUCCACACAAACGUUGGAGUAAAGGUAAGACUCGAUCAUGUCUACAGUGGAUGCGUCCUUGUCGGCACUGGGACCAAGAUUUGCUCCAGAGGAUCCAACUCUCCCAAAGCCCUGGAAGGGGCUCAUUGAUGGUACCACUGGACUCUUAUACUAUUGGAAUCCUGAAACUAAUGUGACUCAGUAUGAAAGACCAGCUGGUGAGGCACCUCCAUUGCCACUUGGCCCCCCUCCUGCUUCUAACACUCCAAAGUUGGCACCUUUACCUGUGGCUCGUUCCCUGUCGGCAAAUGGAGUCAUAAUGCAGCAACCAGGGCAGCAAGCACUUCAGCAACCUGGACAACAGAUGCAGCAGGCCCAACCCAGUCAGCAGCUGUUACUUCAGCAGCCAGGUCAACAGCUGUCUCUUCAGCAUGCACAGAAAAUGCCGUAUCAGCAGAUCCAAGUACAAAAUCAACAAAUGCAGCCGGCCUCUCAGCAGCAGACCCAGCAGUACCAAAACAUGCAACUGCAGCAGAUGCCAUAUGCUCAAGCUUCUUACCUGCAGGGGCAGUUGAUCCCCCGUCCACAAGGGGGACAACAAGGUUUGCAAAUCUCUCAACAACAGGGCCAAGAUCCUCUGGUUACACAACUUCCACAUCAGCAUGGUCAGCAGUCUCAGAUUUCACAAAUAAUGCUCCAGCAGGAGCAACAGUCACAUAGCCAGCACACAACACAUCAACAAGGGCAACAACUGCAUUUGCAAGGACAGCAACAACCAGACCAGCAGGGACAGUGCCCUCCAGCACAGCAAUUUACCCAUCAACAUUCUCAACAAAUUGGAUUUAUCAGGAAGGAAGAAACAGGGAGUCAUGAGGUGAACCCAGGUGGAUAUCCUUCACCCUUACAUCAUGUUGGUGUUAUUUCAUCCAACCACCACCCACCUGGUGUUCCUCAGGUUAAGAUUCCACAUUUAGGUGUCCAUACAUUUCAGCCACAGCAGCAGCUCAGUGGGCUGCCCUCUGUCAAUGUUCAGUCCGGUGCUACAUCUGGUAAUUUGCAGCCGGAUGGAAUGGACAAAAUGCAGCAUCAACAACAAAUUGGUGGUCCUGCUAUUGUAAAUCAGAUGGGGCAUGGAAGUGGAAAUAUUCGUCCUCCAAUUGGAAUGAAAAUGAGCUAUGAAGAAGACAGGCAAGGUAAAGUAGGAGGUGAUUUUUACCCUGGCAGAAAUGAUGGGCCAAUGAUGCUCCAGCAUCAGCCAAAGCUUGCUGCUCUUCCUCUUCCACAGAAGCAACAGGAUACAAUAAUGGGUGCCAAUAAUUCUUCAUUUACUGCGCACGGGCAUCCCGGUGGAUUAAACAUGUUGCCAACCCGUGCAAUGCCUGACAUGUAUAAUCAUCCUCCCUUUCCUAAUGCAUCUCCCAUGAGGCCAUCUCCUAGAAUGCUUGGGCAGCAAGAUUUUUCAAGCAUCUCUUCAGUUGAGGCAUAUCGUCAGCACCAUGAAGUUUCUGCAAUGGGUGACAAUGUUCCUGAUCCGUUUAUGACAUUUGAGGCUGCUGGUUUACCUCCAGAGAUUCUCAAAGAGAUGCAUUUUGCCGGGUUCAAGUCCCCUACACCAAUACAGGCGCAGUCAUGGCCCAUAGCAAUGCAAAAUAGAGAUAUAGUGGCCAUUGCCAAAACAGGUUCAGGGAAGACACUGGGAUAUCUUAUUCCUGCAUUUAUCCAUCUUAGACGUUGUCGGAACAAUCCUCAAGAUGGCCCAACAGUUUUGGUUUUGGCUCCAACAAGGGAACUGGCUACACAAAUACAAGAUGAAGCAAUUAAGUUUGGUCGCUCGUUGCGGGUUUCUUGCACAUGUCUUUAUGGAGGAUUGCCAAAGGGCCCUCAGCUCAGAGAAAUUGAACGAGGUGCUGAUAUCAUCGUUGCAACUCCUGGUCGACUCAAUGACUUCCUGGAGAUGAAGAAGAUCAGCUUCCAUCAAGUUUCUCUCCUUGUACUAGAUGAAGCCGAUCGCAUGCUUGACAUGGGUUUUGAACCUCAGAUCCGCAAGAUUGUAGAUCAAAUUCCUCCGCGAAGGCAAACACUCAUGUACACUGCAACUUGGCCCAAGGAGGUCAGAAAAAUAGCUGCGGAUCUGCUGGUGAAUCCUGUCCAGGUCAACAUUGGCCGUGUCAAUGAGCUUGUUGCAAACAAAUCUAUUACACAGUAUGUGGAAGUUGUGCCCCUUAUGGAGAGGCAAAGACGACUGGAGCAGAUUCUUAGAUCCCAAGAACGUGGAUCAAAGACUAUCAUUUUCUGUUCAACAAAGAGGCUUUGUGAUCAGCUGGCUCACAGCAUAGGGCGCACCUUUGGUGCUGCUGCAAUUCAUGGUGAUAAGUCUCAAGAUGAACGGGAUCGAGUUUUAGGUCAUUUCCGCAGUGGCAGGGCUCCAAUUUUAGUAGCAACAGAUGUUGCUGCCCGGGGUCUUGACAUUAAAGAUAUCAGGGUGGUGAUCAACUAUGAUUUCCCCACAGGCAUAGAGGAUUACGUCCAUCGGAUUGGACGAACUGGGAGAGCCGGAGCUAUGGGUAUAGCCUAUACAUUCUUUUCCGACCAGGACUGGAAGUACGCAGCUGAUCUUGUAAAAGUUCUUGAGGGUGCAAACCAGUUUGUGCCACCAGCGAUCCGGGAGAUGGCAGAACGUGCUGCGCCUGUUAAUCCUAGGGGCCGUGGGGAGAGCCGCUGGGAAUCUGGUGGUGGAAGCAGGUGGGACUCUGGAGCUGGUCGUGGCAUGAGGGACGGAGGUGGAAGGUUUGACUCUGGAGCUGGACGUGGCAUGAGGGAUGGAGGAGGCAGAUGGGAUUCAGGAGCUGGACGUGGCAUGAGGGACAGUGCCGGCACAGGUGGUGGCUUUAACAGUCGUGGUGGUGGUAGUAGUAGCAGCUUUGGUGGUCGUGGUGGAACCCGAAAUGAGUUUGGUGGGCGUGGAGGCAGAGGUCGCGGGUUUGGAGGCCCAGGUGGGCCUGGAGGUCGCGGUCGACAGGGUCGUGGUCUUCCUGAUCGGCAUACCGGGUCUGAUGGGCGAAGUUUUUAUGACAGCCGCAGAGUGAUAGGUGAUAGGAACCGGGACAGGAAGUACAGCCCAAGUCCCGAGAGGGUUCGGACAUGGGGUCAUGACCGAAGCAGGAGUUCCAGCAGGAGCAGCAGAAGUAGAAGCUAUAGCCGGAGUCGCAGCAGGAGCCGGAGCUGGUCAGGCAGCAGGAGCAGGAGCAGGAGUCGCAGCAGGAGCCGAAGUCGAAGCAGAAGCAAUGGCAGGUACGACAGGCCACGAAGAAGGCCAUCUAUGUUUGAUGUCCCUCUGAUGCCUCCUUCUGGACAUGAAGCUCCAGCGCCGUCCGGCUUUGAUGCCCCUCAGCCUGCACCUGUAUAUGAGCCCCCUCCUGCAGUUGUGUCUGGGUUCGACGCAGACCAAAUGUCACCAAUGUCCCCUGGCCAAGACAGAGCCUCCUUCCCCAGCAAUGAGAUCACCGAUAAUUUGUCAAUUCCUGAGAGUGCGAAGACGAGUCUUCCUGAGGCUGGUGCUGACCUUCUUGAACAUCAUCCUUUGGGCAAUCUGUAAACCAAAGAAUCUCAUGAGGCUCUAGUCGUUUAUUGGCAUGUUUUGUAGAGUGCUAGUACUUAGAACUGCUCUGGAGGAUGAUGAUCUUUCUUUCUAAUGCUUUUUGGAGGGAGAUUGAAUGCAGUGCUCUUUAGGAUCUGAUAUGGCAUUCAGUAUUUAGACAAAAAUGAUACAAAUUUAAUGGCUGCAGGCUGCAGGGCAUGAUGAAAUAUUCUUGGUUGGUUCUAAUGUGAUUUUUGUUUAUCCAACUGAUAACUGAAGAGUUUUAUGUUCAACAGAUUGUUGCUUUGAGUGUUCAUUGAAGAAGUAGAGCCUUGUUGUUUUCAUUUUUAUUUUA